UUGCGAUUAUUGGCGAUACGCAAAUACGCAAUCACGUUUUGAGUCUAAUCGUCACUAGCCGUAGCCCAUAAAUGUUAACGACUGUCGUCGUCGAGUCGUUAUUCGUUCGUUGUUCGUUGCGAUUUUGCAAGACGUGCACGACGUGUCAACUAUAAAUAAUAAGCCAUCUUGGCCGGACAUCAAGUGAGUAGCAACGACAAUUUUAGCGAAUGCACUUGACGUCCUCACCUAGCGUUCGCACAAUUUGAAGAGCAGUGUUCAACUCAUCGCCUUGAACGUGAUAUUUGCGCUAAACCUUACAUUGCAAGUUUGAAUUCGUCAAACGCAGAAGUUCGUACGUUGAUCAAUCGUUCUCCUGAUAUUAUUUUCGCUGAUUUAGCGCGCGAACAGAGAGGGACUAACUCUCCGAUCGCCACUCCCCCGYCUCGUCCGUCGAACCCAAUCACCUACCCAAUUUCGUGGGCAACGACGACAACUUUAUUGUUUUUGAAAUUCGUUUGUGUGACAAUGGCAUUUCAAUGAAUACAAUGUCGCCGUCCGGUUCACGUACAUCAUAUUCUCCUCCUGGAGACCACACAUUCAACCCCUGUGCGACCACCACCGAUGUCGGACAACCGUCAGAUGGAGAGAAAAUUGAACGUGCCUACGCCGAAGUCACUGGUGCAGGCCAACAGUAAGACGGACGCCAAAAAAUUGACAGAUUCAUCUAAUUCAAAGCACUCAAAUCGCCGAAAUGGAAAAGCUGUUACUAUUCAGCCACAAAGAGUUGAAGCUAACCGAAAUAUUAGCCUUAAGAAAAACUCAAAUAACUGUAAACAGCCGCAACCUCGAGCUAGUCUCUUUUGUAGAAAGAAGAGUUCCGAGGUARCUGAAUCAUUGAAUGAUGUCGAUGAUGAUGAUAUAUUGCCUGUAUUAAGGCAUGUGGAACAUACUAACAAAUGGAAUAUGCGUAGCGGUUACGGGUMUAGGAAAAAAGAGUUUCCACAGAAAUUCAAUGUCAAACACUUUUUGAUAGCAAAUUGUCAAUUUGUAGUCAAGUGUGGAAAAGAUUAUUCUCAUUGGAUGUUUGAUCAGGAUGAAAUUGUUGAUUGGGAUUGCAUUGAACAAAUAAAAAUGUUUUCUACUCAAUUUAUUAAAUGUCCUAUAUGUAUGGAUAUACCGAUAACGCCAAAAAUGACUCGAUGUGGUCAUAUAUAUUGUUGGCCUUGCAUUUUGCAUUAUUUAGAUAUAAACAAAGAACUUGAUACUGUUGGCUGUCCCAUAUGCCAUUCUAAAAUAUUUAAAAAAGAAUUACAGAGCGUUGAAAUAAUUAUUAAAGAGGAAUGUUGUGUUGGUCAAUCAAUAACUUUACAAUUAAUGAAACGUGCUAGAAAUUCAUUGCAAGCAUACCCAAUGUCUGAACUCCUUCAAAAUGUUUUUAAACCAUCGGAUGAGAUUCCUUUAUCAGUUUGUGAGCCUAAUUACUCUACAGCUUAUUCCAGACUUCUAAUUGGUUAUAAAAGCCAAGUUUUAAAUAUUUUGAACCAAGAAAGGGAAGCGCUUUUACUGCUUUUAGAAUACUGGGAAACUGAAGAUGUCGAAAAAAAAUAUAUAUAUGAAGCUCUUGAAUUAUUAUCAAAAAGAGAAAACAUUUUAAUGAAUCAGGAACCAAAUGAUGAAAUAAAAGGAAUAAACUGUGAGUCUAUGAAUUCCGUAAUAAGUGCAAAUAUAGGAUCAACACCACUGCAAUCACAAUGUCAGAACUUUUUUGAAAUUCCUGGAUGUUCUCAUAAUGUUACUAGUGUUUUUGAUGAAAAUCCAAAUUUACACAUAAAAGAAAUGAACACAAAAUUAAAUAAUUAUAACUCUGUUGAUCUUAAAGAGGUUUCACAAAAAAAACCUGCCAAAAAGGAUUUUUAUUUCUAUCAAGCUCUGGAUGGUCAGCAUAUUUAUUUAUCUGCAGUUAACGUAGAAAUGUUAGAAUGUAUGUUCGGCAGUCUUGAAAAUAGUCCACUGAAGAUAGAUGCUAUUGUAAUUGAAAAACAGUCCUUAUCAAUGACUGAAGCAUCAAGAAAACGCUAUAGAUUUCUGUUACAUUUACCUUUAACAACUGUUUUUGAAUGGGUUGAAUUAGAUUUGACUAAUAUUGUUAGUCAAGAAACUUUAUUUAUAUUUAAAAGCAACUUGGAUGAAAAAAAAGCUAUAAGAGAUAGACGUGCUCGUGAUGAGCAACGGCUUGCUAAACGCAUUGAAAAAAGAAAUUCUGAAAAACAAAUGCCACUUCCUGAUUGGCAUAAUAGGAGUUUAUUUCCAGAAUGUGGUUAUGAUCCAUUUGCAGACAAAAGCAUGAUUCCUCUGAGCGAAUCAAUUGGUAUAACUUCCUCUUCAGAUCAAACUACAUUAAAUACUUCUAAUGGUUCACCAAGUAAUUUAUCAUUUGCAAAGGCAUUGCAAAAUGAAAGUACCACAAGUAACACCUCUUCUUCAGAUCAAGUUUUACCUAAUGUAUCAUCUCAAUGGCCAGUACUUGGUUCUAGACCAAAUUCUAUGUCAAUGAAUAAUUUUCUGGAAGAUGCUGUUGCCAAUAUGAACAUGCACGACAACAAAUCAAAAAAUCGAAAGAAGAAACGCAGCAAAUAUGAACCAAUAUUUUAAAAUUAUAUAACAUAUUUAUUUUAUUUAUAUAAAAGUUAUUGUUAUGUCAUGGAGCGUAUUAAAUUAUUACUAAUAAUUUACUAAUUUAAAUUAAUUUAAAGUAAUAUUAUUUAUUUUUUAGUUGUUUCAUAACCAAGGUAUGAAUGCUAUUUUCUUUGUAGUACUAGUAAUUGGCUUGUUAUACUAUAUCAUAAUCAAGUAUAUACUCUUAUCUAACAGCAAA